AUGUUGUUGUCAUUGAAGUGGCUCCUAGGUGCUGUAACAGGCAACUUCAUCCUCGGCAGUCUCCGUGUUUCAUGUGGACCCCCCCCCCUCGAAGUUGAAGUCCAUCGAACGAGAUGUGGUUUUGUAGAGCGGUCUUUGGACGAAGACCGACAGGCUCGAGCGCGCGACAGUGGAGAUGGAACAAAUCAGUUUACGCAUUGUCUUCUCCUCUCAUGCGCUGGUCUCUUGGCGAGGUGGAUGCCUCGCGCGGAGACGUGUAGCAUCAUAAAAAUCUGUGCGAACAUAGACGAAUUUGGUGAACAAAUCACAACUGAUGCUCGAAAGGAGAGCGGCAACACAUGGGACAAAGGGAGUGAUUGCACUCAUCGCAUUCGUUAUGAGAGAGAUUACCAUUGUACAGAUUCCAGCACAGACGCUUUGAGAAGAGAGCUUGCAAAAUUAGCGAAUCUAAAGGAGGUUAAAUGGGUGGAUCACAAACUCUGCGAACUGCUUGCUCCUGGAGGCCCGAUCACCGACUCGAUGUUUGCCCUUCCCGCAUUGAAGUAUUAUCAUGAAACUGAUAGGCAUUAUCUUGAGAUGGAAUUGGGAAAUUUGGCUGCUGAUUUUCAAAGAACGCUACGUUGCAUUAUUAUCACGCCAUUUGACUACAGAAGACUUGUGGGACUUAAGAUAACUAACUACUAUUGUGAGGUGCCUUUUCUGCAGUUUGCUCCCCCCUUACGUCUCAACUUGGAUGUGACGUCGGGGGUGCCCAACUUUUCAUACUAUUGGGAGCAAUACUUGGAAAGAGUGGGUGGCACCAUGUUGGACAAGCUUGAGCUGCAGGACGAGAAUAGGGAGAAUGAGGAAGAAAAUAGGCUGUUGGAGGGAUAUGAUUGUGUCAUCUUUCAUGUUGAUACCUGCGGAGUCGAUUAUGGAUGUGUAAAUCUAUGGGAGCUGUCCAGGGUGAUGUCGUCGAAGCAAAUUCUUGCCAUCACAGGAGUGAUGGUGCAGAAACGCCCACUUACCUCCAAUAUGGACACCUUGUGGUCGGCAUUUUGGACAAUGGGAGGUUUUCUUUGUCCUAGGCCGCCCCCUUUGCGUGCCAGUUGGCGAAUUUGGUACACUAAGAGUUUGGACGAUAUGGCAACCAACAUUUUUGAGAUAAUUCGUUGGGCACGCAUUGAAAUUAUUAAAAAAAAUUAUGAACCUUCUAGAUCGCGCACGUAA